GCUGCAUGGACGGGCAUGGGCGUGAGAGCAGCACCUUCCUGCGCCGCCGCCGCCUCCGCCGCCGCCGCCGGGGCUGAGCCGAGCCGCCGCCCCGCGCUGUGCCUGCCGCCGCCGCCGCCGCUGCUGCCGCUGCUGCUGCUGCUGGGCCUCGGGCUGCUCCGGGCAGGUGACUGCCAACAGCCGGCCCAGUGUCGCAUCCAGAAAUGUACCACAGACUUUGUGUCCCUCACUUCGCACCUGAACUCUGCCAUUGACGGCUUUGACUCUGAGUUUUGCAAGGCGCUGCGUGCCUAUGCUGGCUGCACCCAGCGAACUUCAAAAGCCUGCCGGGGCAAUCUGGUUUACCACUCUGCUGUGUUAGGUAUCAGUGACCUCAUGAGCCAGAGGAACUGUUCCAAGGAUGGACCCACAUCCUCCACCAACCCGGAAGUGACCCAUGACCCUUGUAACUAUCACAGCCAUGCAGGAGCCAGAGAACACGGGGAAGGGGAGCAGAACCCUCCCAGUUACCUUUUCUGUGGCUUGUUUGGAGAUCCUCACCUUAGAACUUUCAAGGAUCACUUCCAGACGUGCAAAGUAGAAGGGGCCUGGCCACUCAUAGAUAAUAAUUAUCUUUCAGUUCAAGUGACGAAUGUGCCCGUGGUCCCCGGAUCCAGUGCUACUGCUACAAAUAAGAUCACUAUCAUCUUCAAAGCGCACCACGAGUGUACAGAACAGAAAGUGUACCAAGCUGUGACAGAUGACCUGCCAGCUGCCUUUGUGGAUGGCACCACUAGUGGUGGGGACGGUGAUGUCAAGAGCCUACGAAUCAUAGAGAGGGAGACUGGCCGCUACGUGGAAAUGCAUGCUCGCUACAUAGGCACUACAGUGUUCGUGCGACAGCUGGGUCGCUACCUGACCCUAGCUAUCCGAAUGCCUGAAGACCUGGCCAUGGCCUAUGAAGAGAGCCAGGACCUGCAGCUUUGUGUGAACGGCUGCCCGCUGAGUGAACGCAUCGAUGAUGGACAAGGCCAGGUGUCUGCCAUCCUGGGUCACAGUCUGCCUCGCACCUCCUCUGUACAGGCCUGGCCCGGCUACACACUGGAGACUGCCAGCACUCAGUGCCACGAGAAAAUGCCAGUGAAAGACAUAUAUUUCCAGUCUUGUGUCUUUGACCUGCUCACCACUGGUGAUGCCAACUUUACUGCUGCAGCACACAGUGCCUUGGAGGAUGUGGAGGCACUGCACCCCAGGAAGGAACGCUGGCACAUCUUCCCUAGUCGUGGCAAUGGGGCUCUCCGCGGAGGCAGCUGUCUGUCCCUCAGUCUCGGACUCACAUGCUUGAUCCUUAUUGUGGUUUUGUAGGAGUUGUCUUUUGUUUCUUUGUUUUAUUUUUUUGUCUAUAACAAAAUUUUAAAAUAUAUAUUGUCAUAAUAUAUUGAGUGAAAGAGUAUAUAUGUAUAUACCAUGUAUAUGACAGGAUGUUUGUCCGGGGACACCACCAGAUUGUACAUACUGUGUUCAGCUGUUUCACAUAUGUUGGAUGUAGUGUUCUUUGAUUGUAUCAAUUUUGUUUUGCAGUUUUGUGAAAUGUUUUAUAAUGUCCCUGCCUAGGGACCUGUUAGAAAGCACUUUAUUUUUUAUAUAUUAAAUAUUUAUGUGUGUACCUGGUUAAUAUGUAUAGUGCAUAUCCACAGAUCCCAUACACAGCAUUCCCUUUGAAAGUGACCGGUUGUUUGUAGCUACUCUGGCUGUUCCCUCCUGCACUCCUGUCGCUACUGAUUCUCCACGGUGCACAGCUGUCACUGGCCACUUCCUGGUGGAGCUGCCUCCUUUGCUUUGAAGUGUGUUCUACCCCAUCUGCCCUCCCCCAACCUGAAAGGAUACUCACCGCCUCCUCUCUAGAGUACGUCUUACUCCUAAACGCUGAUCUCACACAGAGCCUAGUUCCAACAGCUAGCUAUCACUUUGAGAACCUGGGGAAACGAUUUCUACAGUUCUUACUACUAUGUUCUAAUUGUGACAUUUGAGCACAUGCGAUGUUAGGCUGGCCCUUCUGAAGCUACUGUUUCCAUAAGUAGAAAGUGGCUAGUGAUGAGCAUUUCAAAGAUCAACACCAGGCUUCUUGCUAUCCCUCAGCAGCACAGAAUUCUCCACAUCCUUUGCCUGUUUAAAUUGCAGUUUUAACCUUUUAACUCUAUUCUUUAGUCAACAUGAAAUCAUAUUUAGUAGUUACCAUGCCUUGCAGUUUCUCAUGUUCUUUUCCCUUGCUGUUUGGGCCCCCAAACAUGGCCCCCUGUGUCCACCAUAUUAUCUCCUCAACUGCGCCUUAGGAAUCCAAAGACAGGCUGUGUUAACGUUACUCUGAUAUGGAGGCCCAGAUCCCAUCACAAAGUCCUCCAUUCUUCCUCACCCUCACUCCUUGAGUUUCCUCACAGACCUUGGCUUAUCUGUCUGCUUAAUGAGUUGGAGUAGGGCCUCAAAAACUUGUCUUUGUUAGCAUGUACUUAACAUGCUUGCUAGUUAGUCCUGACAUUCUCCUUAAUUAAGCAUUGUGCUCCCCAGGUUGGUGGUGGUUUUUUUCCCCCCCAGUUUUUCCUCUCAGCACCUAUAGUUGAAUAUUAAACAUUUGUUCUGUCACUUAGUGAAAUCCCUAUAAAGUAAAGUGAUCUUGCUCUUCUUGCAAUUGCAAAAUGAAAAUAAAAGGCAGCAAGAGUAACAAAGUUAACUCCUGAGUAGGUUUAUAUUUAAGUGUAAAUGUUUGAUUCUAAGAGGUGGUAAAAUUUGUAUUUUAGUAUUUCAAAUUUACAUAGAUGUAAACUGCAGAUAUUAAGUAACAUAAUGAUUUAGGCCAAGAUACGCCUGUGUUGGCCAAGUGACAUCUUUUGCCAUACCCUAUUGCCCAGUGGCAUUGACCUAGGCCCAGGCUAGCAGCAAAAGAGAAAACUUUGUGAAGUUCUGUUUCUUAGUGAAAGACUACAUCAUCUAUCACAGGGUGGGAUUGUAAAUAGCCCAGAGGCUGCAAACAUCUGCCUUCUGGUGUGUGAGAAUAAUCUUAUCUUGGGAAUAUGAGAGUCCCCUGCUUCUUUCCCUUAGAGGUUCGACUCUGAAGAGUUGGAACAUAGCCCUCCAAAAGACAGUUCCUUCAAGUCCUUUUAAGGAAGCUGGACUAGAACUGGUCAACUCAGCUCUGAACCAUGGCUGCUUUUGUUCACCUACCAAACCAUGUGCCGAGUUCAGAAGCCGUUGUUGACUAAUAACUUGUAAUUGAGUAGAACAGCAGAGGGAAAACAUUGAGGAUAUUUUUAAGCACUAUUUUUGUGAAGAUAGAUAGUAUGAAGGGUAAAGUCAAGCAAUAGAAGUUUUUAGCAGCUGGGUUUAGUGUGUAUGAGAUUGGUGUACUUUUCCACUUUCUAGGACGAACAAAACAAAACAACCCACCUCCACCAGUAGUUGGAAAGGAAAUGUAAUGCUCUUACCAAAUCAUUUAGCUGGGGAGAUGCUUUGGGAGUAUCUUGCAUCACUGUCAUGGUAGUGCAUUGAGACAGUGUUCCUGAACAACCUUUGCAGUCCCCGCAGAUCACUUUUAGAAAUAAAGCAUUUCUCUAAACAAGAGCCAGGUUUGAUUUGGGGGGAGAGGGAGAGCUUACUAUAGAGAAUGCUGCUUGCACAUGUCAGGAAGUCCUUAAGUCCUACAUGACCAGGCUGUAGCUGUUCACAGGUCUCCUCGGGAAGCUUAAAACUUGGGGUGGGGGACACUGGUUUUCACAGAUGCUCCACGUGGGCUGUCUUUAAAAAAAGACUCAAAACAAAACUUUUUUUUCUUUUGGGUCUUCAUUAUGCUUGGAAACCCCCACAGUGUGUCGAGUCUUUGCAAAGAAACCUUUAUAUGUGGUUCAUAGGUAUAUGAAUAAGUAUCUGUGUAAAACAGUGAGUUGCAGUGUAUAAAUACUUUAAAUUAUUAUGCUAGAAAAAUAAAAAGUUAAAUACGA